UUGAUGCUGUUACCUCCCUCGGUGAUGAUGUCACUGGCUCAGUGGAGCUCGAGCAUCCUUGCCAAAGACAGGGAGACAACAGAGCCGUUUUGAUCGCUUCGGCCGAACAUCCCAAGCUGCCUUUCCGUUUUUCUUGAGUCCCCACUGGCAGUCACGGGUGGAGGAAGAGGAGGUACAGGUACAAGGCACCAGCAGGCGGUGACUUCCUCAGCCCUUCAUGGAGAAGGGAAGCUGUUAGCAGGGGCAGUGCCAGACCUGGAGGAGAGCAGCGGAGGUGGUGGUGGUGUCCGCGGAGCUGGACAAUAAAACAGACGAGCACGAGAAAUAGAGCCAAUUCACGUUAUUGGCAUUGUCGAGACUUGCAGACCGGCAUUACAGAAAGCACCCCAAGGUGCUAAGAAGACAGCACCAUGGCAGGGGCCUCUGUGAAGGUGGCGGUGCGGGUCCGCCCCUUCAAUUCUAGGGAGAUUGAGAAAGAUAGCAAACUGAUCAUUCAGAUGUCUGGAAACACCACUACCAUCAUCAACCCUAAGCAGGCCAAAGACAACAAGAGCUUCAACUUUGAUUACUCCUACUGGUCUCACACUUCGCCCGAAGAUGUCAAUUAUGCAUCUCAGAAGCAAGUGUACAAAGACAUCGGAGAGGAAAUGUUGCUUCAUGCCUUUGAAGGCUACAACGUCUGCAUCUUUGCAUAUGGUCAGACGGGUGCAGGCAAGUCCUACACCAUGAUGGGGAAACAGGAUGUGAAGGAUCAGCAAGGAAUUAUUCCCCUGCUGUGUGAAGACCUUUUUACAAAGAUAAAUGAUAAUACAGACAACAGUAUGUCCUACUCUGUAGAGGUAAGCUACAUGGAAAUCUACUGUGAGCGUGUGCGGGACUUGCUGAACCCAAAAAACAAAGGGCACCUGCGUGUGCGAGAGCAUCCUCUAAUGGGACCUUAUGUGGAGGACCUGUCCAAGCUGGCUGUCACCUCCUACAAUGACAUCCAGGACCUGAUGGAUUCUGGCAACAAGGCUAGGACUGUGGCUGCCACCAACAUGAAUGAGACAAGCAGUCGCUCGCACGCCGUCUUCAACAUCAUAUUCACCCAGAAACGCCACGACACAGAGAUGGAUAACACUACCGAGAAGGUCAGUAAAAUCAGUUUGGUGGAUUUGGCUGGCAGUGAGAGGGCCGAUUCUACCGGAGCCAAAGGGACCAGGCUAAAGGAAGGAGCAAAUAUCAACAAAUCUCUAACCACGCUGGGGAAAGUCAUCUCUGCUUUGGCAGAAAUGGACUCUGGGCCGAAUAAGAAUAAAAAGAAGAAAAAGGCAGAAAGCUUCAUUCCAUACCGAGAUUCAGUUUUGACUUGGCUACUGAGAGAAAAUUUGGGGGGAAAUUCUCGAACUGCGAUGGUUGCUGCUCUGAGUCCAGCUGAUAUCAACUACGAUGAGACCCUUAGCACGCUCAGGUAUGCUGACCGUGCCAAACAGAUUCGCUGUAACGCUGUCAUUAACGAGGAUCCCAACAACCGAUUGGUGCGUGAGCUGAAGGAGGAGGUGUCUCGCCUGAAAGAGCUCCUCUUUGCUCAAGGCCUGGGUGACAUCAUUGAGACAUAUCGAGCGUCUGGUGCUGAUAUCGAGGGUUUGAAAUACAUAUCCGAUUACAAGAACAAUAACAAUAAAGGCCAAGCUGUGAAUCAAAGGGAUGAUCUCUCCACAGUGACCAAUGCCAUGACGGGGAUGAGCCCCUCUCCAUCUCUCUCAGCCUUGUCCAGUCGGGCCGGAUCUAUUGCCAGUCUGCACGAUCGCAUCAUGUUCAGCCCAGGCAGCGAGGAGGCCAUCGAGAGGCUGAAGGAAACAGAGAAAAUCAUCGCUGAGCUCAAUGAGACCUGGGAAGAGAAACUUCGCAGAACAGAAGCCAUUAGAAUGGAAAGAGAGGCCCUGCUGGCCGAAAUGGGUGUAGCAAUGCGAGAAGAUGGUGGAACAGUUGGUGUGUUCUCUCCAAAGAAGACGCCUCAUUUGGUGAACCUCAACGAGGACCCUCUGAUGUCUGAGUGCCUGCUGUACUAUAUCAAAGACGGGAUCACCAGGGUCGGUCGUUUAGAUGCCAGCAGUCGCCAGGAUAUAGUCCUCAGUGGUCACUUCAUAAAGGACGAGCACUGCACCUUCACUAGUUCUACUGGCCCAAUGGGAGAAACAGUAAUCCUUGAGCCUUGUGAAGGAGCUGAGACAUACGUUAAUGGAAAGAGGGUGACAGAACCCACUGUUCUGAAAUCAGGAAAUCGCAUCAUCCUGGGGAAGAGCCACGUCUUCCGUUUUAACCACCCUGUACAGGCCCGGGCUGACAGGGAUAAGAACCCAUGUGCCGAAACCCCUGUUGAGCCUGUGGACUGGGCCUUCGCUCAGAGGGAGCUGUUGGAGAAACAGGGCAUUGACAUGAAGCAAGAAAUGGAACAAAGGCUGCAGGAGCUGGAAGAUCAGUAUCGCAAAGAAAGAGAGGAGGCCAGCAACCUUCUAGAGCAGCAAAGACUGGAUUAUGAAAGCAAGCUGGAGGCUCUUCAGAAGCAAGUGGACCGUUAUAACCCAGAAGGCCCUGAAGAAGAGGAGGAACCGGAAGAAGAAGUGCAGUGGACGGAGAGGGAAAGAGAGCUGGCUGUGUGGAGUUUCCGUAAAUGGCGAUGCUACCAGUUCACCUCGCUGCGUGAUCUCUUAUGGGGAAAUGCCAUCUUCCUGAAGGAGGCUAAUGCGAUCAGUGUCGAACUUAAGAAGAAGGUGCAGUUCCAGUUUGUGUUGCUGACAGACACUCUUUACUCCCCCCUGCCUCCUGACCUGUUGCCCCCAGAGGCAACUAAAGACAGAGAGAAGCGACAAUUCCCACGUACUAUCGUGGCGGUGGAGGUGCAAGAUCAGAAGAAUGGAGCAACUCACUAUUGGACAUUAGAAAAACUAAGGCAGAGGCUAGAUCUGAUGAGAGAAAUGUAUGAUCGUGCUGCUGAUGUGCCCAACAGUACUGUGGAGGACUGUGAAAAUGUGAUGACGGGAGGUGACCCCUUUUACGAUCGCUUCCCCUGGUUCCGCCUGGUUGGCAGAAAUCCCAUUUUCAACACAUGCAUGAGCGAGCGCAUGAGUGACCCCACCCCAUCCCCGACCCUUUCCACCUCUGAAAUUACUGAGCUGGCUGACUCGCAGCGGGAGGGUCGCGGGGAGGAGGAGGAGUUGGAGGAUUUGGACGACCUGGACGAUGAUAUCUUUUUGGACGACCCGAGCUCCGAGCUCGGGGUAGAGGAUGAUGAUGAUGAUGAUGAUGAUGAUGAUGAUGAUGAUGAUGAUGAGAGAGAGCUCUGCCGAGGCUCCAGCGAAGGCCUGGAUCCCUUUUACGACCGCUCACCAUUAUUCAGUGUAGUGGGAAGGGCUUUUGUUUAUCUGAGUAAUCUGCUGUACCCGGUUCCGCUCGUCCAUCGCGUGGCCAUUGUCAGUGAGAAGGGAGAGGUAAAGGGCUUCCUUAGGGUGGCAGUACAGGCCAUAUCAGGUUCUUUGUGUUUCCCUCCAGCUGAUGAGGAGGCUCCCGACUACGGCUCCGGAGUGAGGCAGUCGGGCACUGCCAAAAUCUCCUUUGAGGAUCAGCAGUAUGAAAAGUUCCAGUCAGAGUCCUGCUCUGUAGGACUGUCCCGCACUGGGAUUUCUCAGGAGGAGCUUCGGAUCGUGGAGGGAGAAGGGCAGAAUGCAGAAAUGGGGCCGUCAGCUGAUGAAGUCAACAACAACACAUGUGCGGCUGGAUCAGAUGAGGUGGAGAAUCCACUGAAGGCUGGUCUGGAUGGAGCACUCGAUACAACUCUGGAACAUCUCAGGAUCGGUAAUAUUUUUACCUUCAGAGUGACUGUCCUGCAAGCCUCCAGCAUCUCUGCGGAAUAUGCCGACAUCUUCUGCCAGUUCAACUUCAUCCACCGCCAUGAUGAGGCCUUCUCCACUGAACCCCUAAAAAACACAGGCCGCGGCCCUCCUCUCGGCUUCUACCAUGUGCAGAACAUUGCUGUUGAGGUUACUAGAUCAUUCGUGGACUACAUCAAGACUCAGCCAAUUGUGUUUGAAGUCUUUGGCCACUACCAGAAGCAGCCUUUUCUUCCUCUUUGUAAAGAUGUCAUGAGUCCACUACGCCCCUGCAGGAGACAGUUUCCACGAGUGAUGCCUCUCUCCAAACCAGUACCUGCCACCAAACUGACGGCCAUGACCCGUCCACAGGCAGGACCCUGUCACUGUAAAUAUGACCUCAUGGUUUUCUUCGAGAUCUGCGAGCUGGAGGCGAACGGGGACUACAUCCCUGCAGUAGUGGACCACAGAGGAGGAAUGCCCUGCCAUGGCACAUUUCUUCUGCACCAGGGCCUCCAGAGGAGAAUCACCGUUACUAUUGUACAUGAAUCUGGAAAUGACAUAGAAUGGAAGGAAGUCCGUGAGCUUGUUGUGGGACGUCUGCGCAACACGCCCGAAUCUGAUGAGACCAUCAUUGAUCCUAAUAUUCUAUCUCUCAACAUUUUAUCUGUUGGGUAUGUCAGGCCCCUGCACGAUGACAGACAGUUUCUUGAUUCGGACAUGCCUAGAACUUUCUUCCGGUUUGAGGCUGCUUGGGAUAGCUCAAUGCACAACUCCCUGCUCCUAAACCGAGUCACUCCAUACGGGGAGAAGAUCUAUAUGACCCUCUCAGCCUACUUGGAGAUGGAGAACUGCACGCAGCCUGCAGUUAUUACCAAAGAUAUCUGCAUGGUGUUUUACUCUAGGGACACAAAGCUCUCAGCUUCCCGAUCAAUCCGUAACCUUUUCGGUACUGGUAGCCUAAGAGCUGCAGAUGGAAACCGUGUAACUGGAGUUUAUGAGGUCAGCCUGUGUCACCAGGCAGAUGCAGGAAGCCCUGGAAUGCAAAGGAGACGCAGGCGGGUGCUGGACACCUCCGUGGCCUACGUCCGUGGGGAAGAGAACCUGGCUGGAUGGAGGCCACGUAGUGACAGCCUCAUUCUGGACCACCAGUGGGAGCUGGAGAAACUCAGCCUCCUCCAAGAUGUGGAAAAAACCAAACAUUACCUCCUUCUGAGGGAGAAACUAGAGUCCACGCUGCUCAUGGGCCAGGAGACCCUUCAAUCCUGUGUCACCGAUGAGCUGAAUGAGUCUCCUCAGCCCACUGAGAUGGACCCCGAGGUCAGCUGCAACGAAAUCACCACUGAGAGGCAGAGGGAGCUCGCUGCUAAGUGUUUGCGGCUGCUCACUCACUCCUUCAACAGAGAAUACAGCCAUGUGUGUGUGAGCGCCAGUGAAAGCAAGAUCUCUGAGAUGUCCAUCACAACGUUAAGAGAGUCCACUUCAAUCUCUGCUCUUAACACAAUCACCCCCUCCUCUACAUGCCCUUCACUUGUUGAGGGCUGCUACAGCAAUGCUGGACUCAGACCCCCUGUCCCUCGCUCUCGUGUGGUUAGCUCCGGUCCUGAUGCACAGCAGGACGCAGAGGCCAAGAAGUCCAUCAACGGAGCCUCUGAAACUAAACCUCAGACCCAGAAGUUUGUCCCAGAUAUCCAGGAGAUUCGAGUCAGUCCCAUCGUGUCGAAGAAGGGUUACUUGCAUUUCCUGGAGCCGCUCACCAACGGAUGGGUGAAGCGCUAUGUUGUCGUGCGGCGGCCGUACGUCUACAUCUACAACACGGAAAGAGACGCAGUGGAGCGAGCUAUUCUCAACCUCUCCUCUGCCCAGGUGGAGUACAGCGAGGACCAGCAGGCAAUGUUAAAGACCCCAAACACAUUUGCUGUGUGCACAGAACAUCGUGGAAUAUUGCUUCAAGCCACAAAUGACAAAGACAUGCAUGACUGGCUGUAUGCUUUUAACCCGCUCCUUGCUGGAACUAUCAGGUCAAAGUUGUCAAGAAGACGAGCCGGACAGAUGAGGAUGUGAAACAAGACAUUUUAAAAAAUGUCAUGAGAGCAACUCAAAGACUAUGAUGUACAUAGAUCCUUGUCUCUAUCCCGUUUCUCCUGCUGAGCCCCGUCUCCACCGCUACAGUCACCAACAACCAUCUCUCUCCCCCGUACGUUCUCUGUUUAUCACUAGUGUCCUCAGCACCUAAAGCACCCAUUUCCUGUCAGGCCUAUUCUGCAAUGUGAGUCUCUUAGUCUGAAGAACCUCUUCAAAAACCUGUCACUGUACUGUACUGGAGUUUGUUCAUAACUGGACGAGAGAAGAAAAUGGAGGGAGUAGCAACAGUUUCUUAUCUCAGAUUACAUGCGUAUGGUAAUGUACUGUAGUUGUUGUCGGUGACACAUCAAGCCUUAUACAUCAGUUCUUAAAAAAAAAAAAAAAAAAAAGCAGUGACAGGCAUGUUUUCCUAAAGCUGCAAGGAUCACAUUGCUACAUUUGCAUCAGUAAAUAGAAAAACUCUUCUACAGCUAUAUAUAAGGGUCUAAACUGAUUUGCAUACAACAUACAGCUAAAAAAUACGAAGGGACAGUCACGUGUCUCUCUCUUAGGAAUAUUUCUCUCUUCUUUCUGGUCCAUAAAUCCUGAUAUCCAGUAAGUUGCUUCCUCUUCCUAAAACUUCUAGAAACCUUAGCACACACAGCCUGGCACGGGAAUGGCAUCUCAUCAUAAACUUUAUGUCGCUGUAGUAAAUUCAUGUUGUUUUUAGCCACUCGUAGGAGCACUGAGGUUACCUGCAUUCCCACAAGAAGUAAUCAGAUGUCAUGACAUUAAUUCUCCCAUUUUAAUCUCUACCUGUAUUUUAUUUGUUUUAAAAUGUGAUAUAUUUAGAUAUUUAACAGUUUUAUUAUUUAUUUCUGCGUGUAUUUAUUUAAAAAAAAAAGCAUUUAUAUUUCUAAAGUAGUAGUACAGUGCAAUUUCUGCACACUGCACUUUUUAAUGAGUUCUUUAAAUGUUUAAAUGAUACAACCUUUUCCCCUCGUAAUGAAUAUUACUGAAACAAUUUAAUAACUCACAGCUUCUUUAUGCUGAAAAUUACUUGAAUAAAUGCAAUCUGAUACGCGAUUAGCAUAGUCACACUUUAGACCCAGCUAACAUGCAUUUAAAAUGCCCAGUAAUUAGGUAGAUGAUAUAAGUAGGUGGCCAGUUCAUCCUCUGCUGCACAAAGCUACCUUAUUCAAUCAAAAGAAAAAGAUGAAAUCUUCUUCACAGUACAGAAUAUGAAGCUGUUUUUUUCCUGAAUGAUAUGUAUAUUGAUUGAAUGUAGUGCCUCUCUUUUCAGGCAUACUGCACACUACAGUAUGCCUCUGCACCGGUUGCUUUGAAACUACAUCCUUCAUGCUGCUAAAAUACUGUUCUGGGAGUGUCUGCAGGUCAUAUCAUCACUUUCCUGCCUUCCAUCAUCAUCAUCGUCAUUUCAAGUCCAAGCAGAAGGUUUCAUUUAUGAUAUCAUAAAGUGUGGAAUUUCCAUAA